GAUCAAUGGGUGGCGCAAAUGCGAUGAUAGCCAACCGUUUGCAACCGCUGUUAAACCACACAGAAGAAGAUGACACAAGGAAGCCUAUGACACAUAUUAUUUCAAGUUGUUACUUUAACCGCAGUAGCUGUAGUAGAGUGUAGCACAUGAGCAUACUUGUAGCUUACCAUGGCUAACGCUCUCUGGUCAGAUAAAGUACUCCAGCUCCUCCACCGAAUGAAUAACUUUUAUUUGCCAGGUUCUUGUCGUGCCAAUUGUCUUCGUUUUGAGGUUGAUGGAAUCAAAAUUGGCUGGAUUGUGCCACACGUAGCCUCGCUGCUGGCGAGCUACGGAGAUGUGUUCAGACCGCCACUCGGGGGCGCGCUUUCACUGUGUAGCAGCCUGGACGCGUACGACAAAAGGUCCCAAGCAGUGGACGCUGUUCUGUCCAACCUGAGACGCAAUCCUUCACUGAGCUGCCUAAAAGGCUGGAGAAAUGAGAGGUACAAUGUGAUGGACAAAUUCUCAGACCCUCCAGUGAUGUGGAUGGAAAGAGCAGCUACCAGCCUUUUUGGGGUGAAGCGCUAUGGAGUCCAUAUUAAUGGUUACACUGUUAGUAACAGUGGCGAAGUCUUCAUGUGGCUAGCGCGGCGCUCCCCUACCAAGCAGACCUAUCCUGGACUACUAGACAACAUGGCAGCAGGUGGUCUGGCUGCUGGUGUGAGCAUCAAGCACACGCUAGUAAAAGAAUGUCAGGAAGAGGCAUGCAUCCCAGAAGCACUUGCAGAUAAGGCCCACCCUGUAUCCACAGUAAGCUACACCUAUGAAGACGGAGAGGGGGUGUUUUCAGAAAGUCAGUUUAUCUUUGAUUUGGAACUUCCUCCUGCCUUCAAGCCCAGAGUAGGGGAUGGAGAAGUGCAGGAAUUCUACCUUCUGCCUAUUGAAAAGGUGAAGGAACUACUGGCCACUGAAGAUUUCAAACCUAACUGUGCUAUGGUGGUCUUGGACUUUCUCAUUAGACAUUCUUUUAUUGAGCCUGACAGAGAACCCUUUUACCAGGAGUUUGUGUCCGGGCUCCAUCAAGCAUUAUAGAGUUACUUUUAAUCCAUUAUUUCAGGUGGACAGCAUUUGUAAUCAGCAGGCUAUUUCUAACUGGUUUGUUUCUUCUUACUCACUAAAAUAUGUCUACCAAGUUGUGUCAAUAUGGUAAUGUCUCUGUUUUAGUGUCUUGUUUUUCACUUUGCUAUUGUUUUACAUUUUUUUAAACUAUGUUCAAUUGUCUUUUAUCUGUCUCACAGUUCUGAGGACCGGGGUUCAAAUCCCGGCCCUGUGUGGACUUUGCAUGUUCUCGCCGUGCCUGCGUGGGUUAUCUCGAGGUUUACUCCCACAUCCGAAAAACAUGCAUGGUAGGUUGAUUGAAGAUUCUAAAUUGCCCAUAGGUGUGAGUGUGAAUGGUAGUUUUUUUAUUUGUGCCCUGCAAUUGGCUGGCAACCAGUUCAGGGUAUACCGUGCCUCUCGCCCAAAGAUAGGUGGGACAAAGCUGGUUGCAUUACAACUGGAUUCUUCUGAUUAUAUACAGGAGACUGGAUGUUUUGGGACAACACGGUUGCCAUUUUGAGACCAGCUUGGCUCUGUCAAAUUUACAUGGUCAAAUGUCUGCUUGCCUUAUUUAUUUAUUUUUUCUUUUCCCUCCACCAAAAAAAUGAUGUGAAUUUAUCUUACUAAGCCUCAGACAGUGACAAACUGUCCAGGACUGUUGUUCCUAAAUCUUUAACAGAAAUGAGCAUAAGUUAAUGGUGAUGCCCAAAUGCAGCCCAAGAAGAAAUAAGCAUAGCUGUAUCAUAGCGGCAGUUUUAUCAGAGUGGUAAAAUAUUGUCUUUAAAGGAGCACUGAAAACAAUUAUAGAUGGAAAUAAUGGAUGACAUGACAGUUUACCUAUUAUUUUAAAGAUAUAAUCCACAACAAUUUUUGUUUGAAAAAAGUCAUUUUCACCAAAGCCACGACUAGAGGAGAUGACACAAUGCUGAUUAAACUAUUCAGCUCCUCUAACAUCUUGCUGUAUUUAUCAGCAUCUUAUUUUUUAUAUUUAGUAAAUGCAUUCAUUUUCUGCGCUGGCCCACUCCACUCCAAAUGACGGCACGGAAAUGAAAUGUCCUUCAAAACAUAAAUAAAAAUUUUGUAGAAUAACAUAUAAGGGGCAUUACGUGCAUUGUCUACGUCAUAUUGAAGCGAUGGCUGUGUUCUUUUGUUGUAAUGCAGAAUUUGAGCUUAGUGGGGCGCCACAGGUUACAUAUAGCUUACAUUUCAGAACUUUUUCAAAACGUUUUUUGUUUUGUGUAUUGUUUAUUUAAAACAAUGAGAUACUCUUGUGAACUCUAUGAAGUUAGGCAAGUGGACAUCUACAUUUGCUGAACGCCCUCUUGCCACACUUAACAUCGUAAGACAUGAUUUGACGGACUGUAAACAAUUUUAUCUCACUGAUAAAGUAUUCACAACAGGGCUGUAUUUUUUAAUGAAUACUAGUAGGCCGGCACGGUGGCCGACUGGUUAGCACAUAUGCCUCACAGUUCUGGGGAGCGGGGUUCAAAUCCCGGCCCCGCCUGUGUGGAGUUUGCAUGUUCUCCCUGUGCCUGGGUGGGUUUUCUACAAGCACUCCGGUUUCCUCCCACAUCCCAAAAACAUGCGUGGUAUGUUGAUAAAGGACUCUAAAUUGCCCGUAGGUGUGAAUGUGAGUGUGAAUGGUUGUUUGUUUCUAUGUGCCCUGCGAUUGGCUGACGACCGGUUCAGGGUGUAGCCCGCCUCCCGCCCGAAGAUAGCUGGGAUAGGCUCCUGCAGCCAGCGACUCCAGUGAGGAUAACUGGUAAACAAAAUGGAUGGUUGGAUAGUAUGAAUAGCACAUCCCUCAAGCAAAUAUCCCAAUCACCAAUGUUUAUCCUCGAAAUUUUGUAAUUUGUUUUUGUUAGUUUUUUCACACAGAGCUCUAUUUAUACUGAAUACAAUGCAAGCAAGUAGAUAUCACACCAUGUUUAAAUUAAUAUACCACAAUAUGAAGCGGAAAACUGAUUACAUGAAGAGACAAACGUAUGGGAAUAAAAUAAUGUUGUAUUGACUGUUUACUUUUGCACGUAAAUGUUGAUGUAGCUAAUUGGGGGAAAUGGGAAAUAAAGGCUAGAAUUAGUUCCCUCAUCUAUAGUUAGUCACGUUUACAGUUGCUGUUCUCUUGGCAGUGGUUUAAGGCCGGCCAUUUAGAUAAACAUCACAACCAGCUUCAACCAACCUAAAUUAAAAGAACCUCAAGUAAGCACAGUACAGUAUAAGUAUAGUGAAGCUAAUUUUCUGAACUUUAGAUUGAACAUUUGUGCUGUAUUAGUUACAUUUACCCUUAAACUGUUUCCAUUUCAAGGUGUAACGGAACCAAGUAUCGCAAUUAGAGAUUCUCAGCACAGUUGUGUGACAAGUACAAUGGAUAUAAAAAGUUUAAACACCCUUGUUCAAAAGACAGGGUUUUGUGAUCUAAAAAGAGACCAACAUAUAAAUAAUUUCAAAACAUUUUCCACCAUUAAUGUGACCUAACUUGUACGCUUUUUUAAAUUGUUAAAAUCUUUUAGAGGUGAAGUAAAAAAAAUAAUUGCGCAUCAUCGGGCAGGAGGCGGGGUACACCCUGAACUGGUUGCCAGCCAAUCGCAGGGCAUAUACAAACAAACAACCAUUCGCACUCACAUUCACACCUACGGGCAAUUUAGAGUUGUCAAUCAACCUAGCAUGCAUGUUUUUGGGAUGUGGGAGGAAACCGGAGUGCCUGGAGAAAACCCACCCAGGCACGGGGAGAACAUGCAAACUCCACACAGUCGGGGCUGGGAUUUGAACCCCAGUCCCCAGAACUGUGAGGCAGAUGUGCUAACAAGUCGUCCACCGUGCCAGCCUUUCCCUGUGUCAUUUCACAUUAUUACACAAAACUCACUCGGGUCGCGGGCGUGCUGGAGCCUAUCCCAGCCAUCAUCGGGCAGGAGGCGGGGUACACCCUGAACUGGUUGCCAGCCAAUCGCAGGGCACAUACAAACAAACAACCAUUCGCACUCACAUUCACACCUACAGGCAAUUUAGAGUCUCCAAUUUAUGCAUGUUUUUGGGAUGUGGGAGGAAACCGGAGUGCCUGGAGAAAACCCACACAGGCAUGGGGAGAACAUGCAAACUCCACACAGGCGGGGGCCGGGGAUUGAACCCCGGUCCUCAGAACUGUGAGACAGAUGCUCUAACCAGUCGUCCACAGUGCUGCUGAAAGUGAAUUUCUUUCAAUUUUUUUCCAAAAGUGAAACUUGUAUAUUAGUUCACCACACAGAGUGAAAUAUUUCAAGCCUUUAUUUGUUUAAAUUUUGAUGAUCAUGGCAGAAAGUAUUUCACAAAAUGUGAAUAUUUCAUGUUACCAACAAAAAAAGGAUCUAAAACACAGAAAUGUUGGCCUUCUUAAAAGUUCAUUAAAGUAAUAUACCCUCAGUA